GUCCAUUCACUCUCGAUUUGCCUGGGAGACUGGUUUCGGUAACGAUCACUCAGCGGAAACCAGUUUCUACGACUCUAUUCGAGGGCCACCCUAUUAUUUCAUUCAUCGCGCUGCGACUGUUGAUCGCCUACUUAGUUUCGAUCGCGACACCGUUUUGAUAGGAAGUGUUCUUGGGAUAAAACUUUUGGAGUGCCUACUUGGAUCCGAUGGACAACGUGGAAGGCGAAAGCAACGGUUCCGCGGUGACCGCGCCGGCCACCGACAAGGAAAAUGGCGUCGCGACGCCCCAGUUUGGACCGGGGGAAAACUACCGGAUCAUCAAGAACAUUGCGAUUUUGGGCUUUGCCUUCAUGAUCCACUUUACGGCGUUCCACGGAACGUCCAACCUGCAGAGUUCGGUCCACUCGGACGGGUCGCUCGGAGCGUUCACGCUGGCCUCCAUCUACGGGUCGCUGAUUCUGUCAAACAUCUUUCUACCGGUUAUGGUUAUAAGAUGGCUGGGCUGCAAGUGGACGAUCGUGGUGUCGUUCGUGGCGUACAUGCCCUACCUGGCGGCCCAGUUCUAUCCCCGGUUCUACACGCUCAUUCCGGCCGGGCUGGCCGUCGGAUUUGGCGGGGGGCCGCUGUGGUGCGCCAAGUGUACCUAUCUGUCGGUGAUUGCCGAGGCGUUCAGCGUCAUCAAGCAGCGCAAGGUGAAAGCGGACUAUCUGAUCGUCAAGUUCUUUGGGCUGUUUUUCGUGUUCUACCAGUUGGCGCAGGUGCUGGGGAAUUUGAUCUCGUUCUCGGUGCUCUCCUACGGCCAAGACGACUCCGCUUCGCACCUCAACUCCACCACAGCCUACUCGGUGGUCAACAUUUCGGAAACCUGCGGCGCCAACUACGUCGCUCCGGUGGAUCGCCAAAAGUCCCUGGCAAACGAAACAAAUCUGGACCUCCACCGACCAGAUGCCACCAGACUGAACGUUCUUACGGGAAUCUUCCUUGCUUGUAUGGCCAUUGCCAGUCUUUCCGUAGCGGUUGGUGUUGAUUCGCUGAAGAGGUACAACCUUGGCAGGACGGGAUCUGGGUCGGGAAUCUCCGGGGUUAAGAUGUUGGUGAUAACGGUUAAGCAGUUGGCGAACAAGUACCAGAUUUUGUUGCUGCCAAUUACAAUGUUUAUCGGAGUGGAGCAAGCAUUCAUUGCGGUUGAUUUUACGGCGUCUUUCGUGGCGUGUGGCCUCGGGAUCAGUUACAUCGGUUACGCAAUGAUCAGCUUUGGUCUGGCGAACGCCUUUGCCGCGGCCGUCACUCCGUACAUCACGAAGCUGAUUGGCCGCUUCCCGAUGAUCCUGGCGACGGCCGUUUUUCACUGCGCGCUGAUUGUGUUCAUGUUGCUGUGGAAACCAACCGACCAGUACUACGCCUACUCUAUCAUCGUAGCAUGCUGGGGCCUGGCGGACGGCAUUUGGCUGAUUCAAAUUAACGCUCUCAGCGGGAUUUUGUUUCCAGGCAAUGAGGAGGCUGCGUUCAGCAAUUUCCGACUGUGGGAGGCCACCGGGUCGGUCAUCAUGUACGCAACCAGCCCGAUUUUGUCGACCUUCACCAAGUUGGUGUGCAUUCUGUGCGUGAUGGUGGUUGGGACGAUUGGCUACACCAGCAUCGAAGUGAUGGAGUACAGAAUCAAGCGUGGUGCGGCUGGGAAGCGAUUCGAAAUGAUCCAGCAAACCAGUUAAUGAAGGACGACGUGCAGAACGAGUAUUUAAAAUAAACCACCGUUGAAUGUUGUA